CUGCUAGAGGUAUCCGAGAGCGAUGAUUGGCUCUCGGUGGCCGUCGCUCAAGCGCCCUUCCGGAGAUGGUCGGAGGUGGGAAGAGUUGGAGAGACCCGGGAGCGGAGGGGCGUUGUCUUCACACGUCAGAGUCAUCUCUUCGGCCAGAUUGGUGAAGGCCAUGCCGCCCCCUGGGAAAGUUCCCCGAAAGGAGAAUCUGGGGCUACAGUGUGAGUGGGGGUCCUGCUCCUUUGUGUGCUCAGCCAUGGAGGAGUUCUGCGAGCAUGUCACUCAGCACCUCCGGCAGCACCUGCACGCCUCCGGGGAGGAGGAGGAUGAGGAGGAGGACCCACUUGAAGAAGAAUUCUCCUGCUUGUGGCAGGAGUGUGGCUUUUGCUCUAUGGACAGUUCUGCUGACCUCAUCCGCCACGUCUACUUCCACUGCUACCACACCAAGCUGAAGCAGUGGGGGCUGCAGGCUCUGCAGAGCCAGGCCGACCUCAGCCCCUGCAUCCUGGACUUCCAGAGCCGCAACAUCAUCCCUGACAUCCCUGACCACUUCCUGUGUCUGUGGGAGCACUGUGAGAGUUCCUUCGACAACCCCGAGUGGUUCUAUCGGCACGUGGAAGCACACAGCCUGUGCUGUGAAUACCAAGCGGUCGGCAAAGACAACCAGGUGGUGCUGUGUGGCUGGAAAGGCUGUACCUGCACCUUCAAGGACUGCCGUAAGCUUCGAGAGCACCUCCGCAGCCACACCCAGGAGAAGGUGGUGGCCUGCCCCACCUGCGGGGGCAUGUUUGCCAACAACACCAAGUUCUUAGAUCACAUCCGUCGCCAGACCGCGUUGGAUCAGCAACGCUUCCAGUGCUCUCACUGUUCCAAGAGAUUUGCCACGGAGCGGCUGUUGCGGGACCAUAUGCGUAACCAUGUGAAUCACUAUAAGUGUCCUCUGUGUGAUAUGACCUGCCCGCUGCCAUCGUCCCUCCGAAACCACAUGCGCUUUCGCCACAGCGAGGACCGGCCUUUUAAGUGUGACUGUUGUGAAUACAGCUGCAAGAAUCUGAUUGACCUGCGGAAGCACCUGGACACCCAUAGCAAGGAGCCAGCCUACAGGUGUGACUUCGAGAGCUGCGGCUUCAGCGCACGAUCCCUCUGCUCUAUCAAGUCUCACUACCGAAAAGUGCAUGAGGGAGACUCAGAGCCGAGAUACAAAUGUCACGUAUGUGACAAAUGCUUCACGAGGGGCAACAACCUCACCGUGCACCUUCGAGAGAAGCACCAGUUCAAGUGGCCCUCAGGGCACCCCCGUUUUCGGUACAAGGAGCAUGAAGAUGGCUACAUGCGGCUGCAGCUGGUUCGCUAUGAGAGUGUGGAGCUGACACAGCAGCUGCUGCGGCAGCCGCAGGAUGGAUUGGACCCGGGAGCAUCGCUGAGUGAGAGCAGCCUGCAGGGCAUCAUUCUCGAAGCAGUGCCAGGGGACCCGGGACCCCAGGAAGAGGCCGAAGAGGAAGAGGAGGGUGGGAGCGGUGACGGCACGGCCCUCUCAGCCUCUCAGGACACUCCCAGCCCCGUCAUCCAUGUGGUGAACCAGACCAACGCCCAGGGCGAGCAAGAGAGCAUCUGCUGUCUCCAUGGAGGUCUCAGGCGUAGGCUGUGAGCGGGCAGUAGGAACACUCCCUCUAGAAUGCACGAUCGGCUGGGAGACAGGAAGGUAGGGCACCUGGCCACGGCCAUCCCGUCUGAGUCCUGGUUAGAAUCCAGUGUCUCUGGGGCAGGGUCUCUACCUGUGGAGCUGAGGAGGAAGCUGGGACGGGUGGUGGAUUUGGAGGCCCUAGGGAAUGGCAGGUACUGUAGGUUUAAAGACCAGAUUAGAAAAUUGUGUCUGAAUGUACAGUUUUCUGGGGAAAGGGUCUGUUUUUCACUAGAUUCUCAAAGAGGUUGAAACCCUCCAAAAAGAAGAACCAUUUCGCUUGGCCUGUCUAGUCACUUCUGGGCACCCUGUGUCCAUUCUUGGGGUCGCUGCCACUCUUGAGGUCAAGGGAAUACUCUCAGGGGUAUUCGUGGGCAGAAAGCUGCCCACAAAAGAUUUCUGCACCUUUUUGAGAGGACCGAACUUAACUCUUACCACAAAAACAGCAUGUGCCUGUUGCAGGAAGAAUUUAGGAAAGAACAAGCUUUUCGUUAAUUCCAGCCGCCGUUUACUGAGUUCCUUCUAUAGUCCGGGCACCGUGGCAGGUGGUAAAGAUACAGUAAAUGAUGAGUAAAACCCAGAGAUGAGUGAAACUCUCUGCCCUGAAGAGACUUGGAGUACAGAGACAAGACCAAAGUAAGUGGAGGGUUGGAAGCCUACCAGAGUUCACUGAGGAGGCUCAGAGGAGGAGGAGACCGCAUUACGUGGGUGAGGGAUCAGGAAAGGCUUCAUCAAGGAAGUGAUUAGAGCUACAAGGUACAAAGAGGUGGACACAUUGUUCCAGGUAGAGGAAACCAGGUCUCUACACCUGAAGGAGGACUCCGUGGCCUGCAGCACAGGGCAGUACACCACGGGGAGAGACGAGACCAGGAAGGAAGGCCGGGCCGCCCAAAAGGAUCCACGUGAGGUUUUAGGACGGUGAUUCUGCCAGUGAUGAGGAACACAGAUUGGAACAGUGAGAAGUUAGGGGGCUGCUGGGAAGAAUUCAGACAAGAAACAAUGAGGGCUUUAAGGUUAUGCCCGUGUGGAUGUUCACGUUGCCUCUACGAGAGCACCUUCGAGGAAAUGGCAGUGUGGAGAAGAGAGGAAAUGUGAAUGAAAAAUGUGCUCAAGCAAGGCCAUCUCAUUCCCAGGCUCACUCCUCUAGGGUCUUGUACUGAUUUUGCCACCCACGCCCUGUCCUUCCCCUAAACAAGUAUAAUCCACUAACCCCAGCAGGCCUUCAGUUCGUUGAAGACAAGCGAGGUUUCUUUGGGCUAAGUACCCUCAGUUUCUUCUAUAUCUUCUCACGUCACUUAAUUUGGGGCCCCUUCCACCCCACCUCCUCCGGGCCUGUGUUUUUGGUGGUUACACAUUGUGAAGCCACUGUCCUCUAGUAGAACCCCUGUCUUUACAUACUUUGUGCUGCCCAAACCAUGCUCCUUCCAAGGUAUGCACUUGUUACCUUGGUCUUAACAGCAGGCCCUCCUGUUUAUCCUUAUUAAAUUUUGUCUUGUGAGAUUGGCACCUGUCCCCAAGAGGUGGAUUAAAAGGUUGAAUAAAACAGGGCCAAAGACAAACCCCAAAGGCAAGUCCUUAGAGACCUUUCUCCUAACCAUGACCAGAUGAAGACUUUAAAGACUCCAAACCUUGAAAACACACUGUGGUGCCCCACUUUCCAUAUACGAUUCAAAUACAGUGGAUCCUUGAACAAUGCGGGGGGUGGGGGCGCCGACUCCCCCCACGUAAUUGAAAAUCCAUGUGUAACUUUUGACUCCCCUAAAACUUAACUGGCGAUAGCCUGCCGUUAGCCAGAAGCCUCAUCAAUAACGUAAGAAGUUGAUUAACACGUUUUGUAUAUGUAUUAUAUGCUGUGUAUUCUUACAAU